AUGUACCUAGCAAUACCGUCAUGUGUAGUCUACAUUGUAUCAAUCUAUCGAUCGACUAUGUAUAUGAGAAUGCUGCGAGAUCCUGAGCAGCAAUCGAAACACACGUUUCAACUUAUUGCUGAUCUCUGUUCAAUUUUAAAAGAAACAGUUUUACAAGCCCAAGCCGAUCUUAAUGAUACUCAACUUGUUACCAUUCAACUUCUUGAAGAAAGCUAUCUUCAGUCUGAGAUAAAGGAAAACAUCAGACUUGUCAAUACUAGCGUAUCUCUUCAAAUUAAUUCAUCUCUACAUUUCCUCCAAAUUCUAACUCGAUCAAGCAUGCUUAUUUCGGCUCUUAAUACGAAUACUAAUUUUUAUGUUAUUUUUCCUGGGCAGAAUAUUGUAAUAGUAGAAUCCACCAGCUAUUUCGAUCGAAGUAUCCCCAGUGAUACUUAUACGAUAUUGAACUGUUACGUUGUAAGUUCAGUAUACCCAGCUGGUAUUUAUACAGUGCCAUAUAUUGAAAAGUGGUUUGUUCAUUAUAUAUGGCCUGAAUUUCCAUUAUCUACUCCUCCGUUUGAGCCGAAUGCAUCGGCUACUAUUGAUGGUUUUUUUGGAGGAUGUACGCCACUGGAUACCCUUUUGGUGAGCACAUUCAGAUGUUUAUAUGAAAUUGAUUGUCUUAAGCAAGCUGUUGGAUUUUUUCCAAAUCUCAAUCAAACUAAUACAAGUUGGGUCAAUGCUCUCCCAUCCUCAAUUCAUCAGAAUGUCUCUUUUAAUGAUCGCUUGACUGAUCUAUUAAUUGAAGAAUGGUCAACUAAUAUCGAUUACCAAAAAUAUUUUGGUGAAUGUGCACCGAUAUCGUGUACAUAUAUUGAUACUAGUUAUACUAGUCUAUCUUAUACAAUCACUCUCUUACUUAGUCUUUACGGUGGUCUCAUCUUUAUACUACGCUUGAUCACUGUUCUCAUAAUGAAUCUUUCAUUCGCAAUCAAGCGUCGUUCAAAAAAUACUACCGCUACUAGUAAUAUACGUAUGUUAAUUUUGUUACAAAAAGAGACCAAAGUGACAUUUCUAUCUAUAGGACGUAAUGUGACAGGCUUUCAAAGAUGUACUCAAUCAAUAGAACAAUUAAAUUUAUUCAAAUCAGCUAAUGAACGAUCAGCAGUUCACAUCAAACAACAGCGUAUCAUCACACGCGUUUACUUGGUUUUGCUCACAAGUACGAUUUCAUACUGCAUGCUAAGAUAG